AAACAUCUUGUCUGCUUCACAGAGUUUCUGUGGUUUCCGAAAACUUCGACGGGAUCGCAAAAUCCCGUCCAAAGAGGUAUCCCCAUACCUCUAAAGUAUUCAUUCGCUCCAUCAGAACCCAAUAAAAUUCUCGCUUCGAUUUACAUUUCUUCAACUCGCCGGGCUACUUUCCAGUCAAAAGACGCCAACAGGGAAAACAUGAGCAAGAAAAAGAACAAGAACAAGAACAACCCAAUCGUCGGCGAAUUUGCCCGCUACUUUGGCGAGAACACUCUCGAGAACUGGCAGCGUUUGUGCCGGGACAUUGGCAUCCACAAGGAGCUUCCAAGCAUUACUAAAUGUCGCGAGGUCCUGAGAACGGUCCAUGUCAACAUCUACGACCUCCUAGAUGCCGUCCGGGAGGGAGCCACCCCGCAACGCUUUGGAAACCCCCGCCAGCUGGCGCAAUACUCGGUUGCCAACAGAAAGAUCUAUCCGAGGCACAUGGCGGAGAAGGAUAAAGUGGGACCAGUUAGGGUGUUGUUGAGGGGCCUCUUUAGGGAGGGUUGA